AUGUCGGCCACCUCCACCUCUCUCCAAUCGUUCGCCAAUUCGUACUCUCCCUUCUCGUCCCGAUCGCAACCUAAUCGAAUGGCCCAAUCUCAAACCCCCGGGUUGGACACGCUCGCCGAAGGCUCCCAAUAUGCGCUUGAGCAAUUACAGCUGGCGCGGCAAGCCAGCGCGUCCAAUCCUCCGACUGAUUCCGAGUGCAAGCCCGUCAGCGAACCCGAGGCUUUAGAGUCUCAGCCCUAUCACGAACAAAAUGGCACACAUUCCGGAAUCAAAUCCUCCUCGCAACCGCAUGAUCCCCUCGUAGAUGCUCGGUCGGCCAUUCGCAAGCACUCAACGGCUACGGCGGUGCGCCGAAGGAUUAGCCGGGCCUGCGAUCAAUGCAACCAGUUGCGGACCAAAUGCGACGGGCAGCAACCCUGCGCGCAUUGCAUUGAAUUCGGGCUCAGCUGCGAGUAUGCGCGAGAGCGAAAAAAGCGCGGGAAAGCCUCGAAAAAGGAUCUUGCGGCAGCCGCUGCCGUCGCCACUUCAAACGGCGACAAGAGUCUCCAAGACGGCGGUUCUGCGCAUGGCAACUCCCCCAGUGGCCAGGCCUCACACGAGGUGAAUGCGCCCUACGAUCAGGCCUUCGACGCGCCUCGCGCCGUACCGGAUUCCGCACAGCCACCUCUGCGCAACCAUAGCGUUCCGGGGAUAUCACGGAUGCAGCAGAACACUCACUCUGCCCCGGGGCAUCCUCAACAAUCGGUCGGAUCUGGCAUCGAUAACAUCUCACUAAAUUAUGGAAAUGUACCGGAUUCGAACCGGCCAUCCAUGUCGGUACCUGACCUGCGCUCUUUGCAAAUGAUGCAACAGAAUGGAAAUCCUCGGUCGCCGGCUGCAAUGCUCCACUCUCAAGGAUUCGGAUCAGGUUAUCAUGACGGCGCAUACUCUUUAAUGAACUCGCACGACGCAAACGCGAACUCAAUCGGCCAGUUUCGACUCGGAGGCUCCGAACAAAAUCCGUCGGCAUCGUUCUUGGGAUUCUCCCCUCCAGCACAGUCACCCAGCUGGCUUCCUCUUCCGUCGCCAUCACCUGCAAACUUCCCGUCCUUUAGCAUGGCUCCAUUCGCCAGUUCAUUAAGAUACCCCGUCUUGCAACCAGUUCUCCCCCACAUCGCCUCCAUCAUUCCUCAGUCCCUCGCCUGUGAUCUUCUCGACGUCUACUUCACCAGUUCAUCUUCUUCGCACCUGUCACCACUCUCACCGUACGUUGUUGGCUUCGUGUUCCGCAAACAAUCAUUCCUCCAUCCCACGAAGCCGAGAGUAUGCAGCCCUGGUCUCCUGGCCAGUAUGCUCUGGGUAGCCGCUCAGACGAGCGAAGCGGCAUUCUUGACCUCUCCCCCAUCAGCACGAGGACGUGUCUGUCAGAAGCUACUGGAAUUGACUAUCGGUUUACUGCGACCUCUCAUUCAUGGCCCUGCCACGGGGGAAGCCUCGCCGAACUAUGCGGCGAACAUGGUUAUCAACGGUGUUGCUUUGGGCGGAUUCGGCGUUUCAAUGGAUCAGCUAGGCGCACAGAGCAGCGCGACCGGUGCCGUCGACGAUGUUGCAACUUAUGUUCACCUGGCGACCGUGGUAUCGGCGAGCGAGUACAAAGCGGCCAGUAUGCGAUGGUGGACCGCGGCAUGGUCGCUUGCGCGCGAACUGAAGUUGGGCCGUGAAUUACCACCUAAUGCCAACACGCGUCAAGAUGGUGAAAUGGAGGGUGAAUCCGAGUUGGAUUUGAACGGGAACAAGAGGCAACCAACGUCGCUCCUGAAUUCGAUGGGACACGGGCCUGGAAGCUCUUCGGUCAAUCUCACGGAAGAAGAGCGUGAAGAACGUCGCCGUAUUUGGUGGCUUCUUUAUGUGAUGGAUCGUCACCUAGCUCUCUGCUACAAUCGUCCCUUGACUUUGUUGGACAAGGAAUGCGAAGGUCUGCUACAGCCGAUGAAUGACGAUCUUUGGCAAGCGGGCGAUUUCUCUGCCUACCGACGUGCAGGCCCUGCCUUUGAAUGCACUAGUCACAGCACCUUCGGUUAUUUCUUACCGCUCAUGUCUAUACUUGGAGAAAUCGUGGACUUGCAGCAUGCUCGAAAUCACCCUCGCUUCGGACUUCAUUUCCGAAAUAGCGGUGAAUGGGAAAGCCAGGCCAUGGAGAUUACUCGACAAUUAGACGUGUAUGCGCAAAGUCUCAAGGAGUUCGAGGCUCGUUAUACCAGCUCUUUGGCUUUGGGUACUGACAACGACACGGCAAUGGAAGGCGCACAUAUCAACCAUGUUAGCCCAUCCGGUCGAUCCAAUAGCAGUACGGUCGGAUCGCAUGUCAGCGAGUCAAUCGUCCACACAAGGAUGGUUGUCGCCUAUGGCACCCACAUCAUGCACGUUCUUCACAUCCUCCUGGCUGGCAAAUGGGAUCCAAUUAAUUUGUUGGAUGACAAUGAUCUCUGGAUUUCAUCUGACUCCUUCAUUACGGCCAUGGGCCAUGCUGUCAGCGCUGCCGAAGCAGCCUCAGACAUCCUCGAGUAUGAUCCAGAUUUGAGCUUCAUGCCAUUCUUCUUUGGUAUCUACCUGUUACAGGGUAGUUUCCUCCUACUCUUAACCGCGGACAAGUUGCAGGGCGAUGCUAGUCCGAGCGUUGUCAGAGCAUGUGAGACCAUCGUGCGGGCACAUGAAGCAUGCGUUGUGACCUUGAACACAGAAUAUCAGAGAACCUUCCGAAAGGUAAUGCGCUCCGCCCUCGCCCAAGUACGAGGACGAGUCCCCGAAGACUUUGGCGAGCAACAACAACGCAGACGCGAAGUCCUUGCCCUGUACCGCUGGAGCGGCGAUGGCAGUGGUCUCGCUCUAUAG